AUGUGGCCAUUCUCAUCCUAUCCGGAAGCUACAGCGUCCGAGGUUGAUGGAAAAACCUACGACUACGUUAUUGUUGGAGGUGGCACUGCGGGAUGUUGUCUUGCUGCACGACUAUCCGAGGACCCGAGUGUCUCUGUGCUCGUGCUCGAGAAGGGGCACGUCAAGGAUAACCUCGUGUCACGGAUACCAUUGUUGAGCCAGAGCUUUUGGAUGGGUGCUCCGCUACAGGUACAGGAGAGUCGAUUUACUGAGCCCAUACCCAAUGCCAAUGGGAGGAUCAACCGAAUGUGGACAGCCGAAGGUCUCGGCGGUGCGUCCCGUAUCAACGCCAUGCUGCUUACGCGCGGAGCGCCUGGUGGCUACAACGAAUGGGCCGACAAGUAUGGGCUCAAAGAUUGGAGUUGGGAACACGUCGAACCAUAUUUUGAAAAGAUUGAGAAUGCAAAGGCGCAUGCAAACUCGGAUUGGAGAGGCCAUGCUGGCCCACUCAACGUAAAGCAGUCACUUCCGUCCUUCAAGUGGUUCGAUUACAUUGGGACAGCGGCCGAGGCACUCGGACUUCCCAUUGAGAAUGAUUACAAUGACCCUUCAGCCCCAGCAAUGGGCUUAUUCCGCCUAGACAUGACAAUAGACGACCAGGGCAAGAGAGUUUCGGCAUAUAGCGCCUUUCUCAACAAGCAAACGGCCACUCAAAGGCAGAACCACCUAACAGUAUGCACCGGAGUUGUGGCCUCUCAUUUGGACAUUGAUCAAACCGGCACGGUUCGUCGGGUAUACUUUUGCCCAGUCGAAACGAAAAGAAAUCAGCCAAGAGACAAGACUGAAAGCAUGCCAUACGUAAAUGUUAGGCGCGAAGUCAUCAUCUGCUCUGGCGCCGUGUGUUCUCCCCUUGUACUCAUGCGCAGUGGCAUAGGGCCCCAAGAUCAAUUAGAGGCACAGGGCAUUCCGAUCACAAAGGAACUCCCUGUCGGAACAAGAUUGCAGGAUCAUUGGAGUUUUGCCAUCAUGCUGGAGCUUCCAAAGUACGAGACUCUGAGCGGCUUACUCGAGUCAAUUUAUGGAUUGUGGCAUAUGAUUCUCUGGAUCGUUUUAGGAGUCGGCUUAUUUUCGAGAAGCUCAACACCGCUGUCCAUAUUUGUCCGCACCACCGCUAUUGACGAUCAAACCAUGACCAUUAACUCGGAUCCUGAGAACAUGGAUAUGCUGCAAGCAAGAAACAUACCAGAUACAGAGAUCAUGAUACAAGCGGUCAACAGCUUUGAGAGGGCAAUAGAGGGCCGCUCGCUCAUGAGCUUCUUUCCGACAAUGGUGCAGCCGUACUCGACUGGAAGGCUUGAACUUGUGAGCAAGGAUCCACUUGCGAACCCGAGGAUUAUUCACCCAAUGCUUCGAGAUUCAAGAGACUUGCAACCCAUUCGUCGAGCUGUACGCUUCACAAUGCGACUGGCAGAAGAGUUUGGUGAAAAGUCGGGCUACCCGUAUCCCGCACCGCUGGCUUUUGCACCGGGAGUGAACAUGAACGUUCUGAGUGACUGGGAAAUGAACGUCCCAAACACUUUACCAAAAGAAUACGCCUUGGGACGCGGGCAAGCCAUUGCCUCUAUAAAGAGUCCCGCACCCAAGUCGCCACCUCCCAAAACUCCACCAAGGACGUGGAGGACAGUCACGGACGACGAGAUUGAUGACUAUGUCCGACGCGUCGGCAUGAGUAGUCUGCACGUGGCCUCGACGUGCCCCAUGUCCAAUGAUGACAAGACUGGCGUCGUUGACCAGAAACUACGCGUCCACGGAAUCAAGAACCUGCGUGUCGCUGAUGCCAGCGUGUUCCCUAGAGUCCCGAGCGCGCACACCAUGGCGCCGACAAUCAUGGUGGCGGAGAGAUGUGCCGACUUUAUCAAGGACUGGUGGAAGGACAGCAACGUGGAAUGA